UUAGUAUCCCCAAUUUUCCCCAUGCGCAGACGAAGUAAAGUGUGGAGGGGGAAAUGAGAAGAAUCUUCCCCCUUUUAAGUUAUUUAUUGAUAAAACAUGGUAACCAAGGAACAACAACAAAUAUUACGAUUUUUCUAGAAAACUUUCAACUUUGCUUUGAAAACGUACAGUGACAGAUCGUCGCAAAGUUAAUCGUCAGCUAUGGACCCCAUACGGCUUCAAAAACAGCUUAAAGAUAACAAUUUAGACUUGCACGAUUUCUGCAAGGAUUUGAAAAACUGGGGAGACGAAAUGAAACAGAAAGACGAACACUUGAAGCUUGAGAAAGAGAACGCCAAGAACACCGAGAUGAACAUGAAAAGCAAAAAACAAAUUGCCAAAGAGACGUACCAUGACUCCGAUUCUGAAGAACUCAGCGAUGAAUUUGACGAAAACGCAUUGGAAUUAGCAACUGCAGCCAAAGACAAGGGUAAUAAGUUCUUUAAAUCCGGAAGAUUUAAGGAAGCAAUUGAAGCAUAUUCACAGGCUAUAGAAAUCCAUCGAUAUGAUCCCACUUUCUACUGCAAUCGAGCACUUUGCUACAACAAACUUAAUGAGUUUAAUAAAGCUGAAUUGGAUUGCACAACUGCUCUCCAGCUUGAUAAACAUUAUGUUAAAGCCUAUCAUCGUAGAGCUAUUUCAAGAGAAGGUUUAGGAUAUUAUAAGGAUGCCCAUGAGGAUUUAACAUAUGCUCUUCUUUUGGAGCCAAAGAAUAAGGAAUCAAUUGAGUUGUUAGAGAAGAUUAAUAGGAAAUUACCAAAUGUUAAUGAAUAUGAAAGACCUCCAUCCAAGUUUAGACAGUCUAAGAAGAAAUCAAAUUUUAUAAAUAAAGGUGCUGGUGAUGGACAAGCUGUGAAAGAUAAAGUAGUUGAGACUUUGAACAAACCACCUGUAGUAAAGGAAACAAAGGAUAUUCUAAUCAAUGAAGUAAAAACCAACAAUAAUGUUCAAAUUAUUGAGAAAUCAGAUACUGAAAUCAAUGAAGUAAAAACCAAUAAGAAGGUUCAAAUUAUUGAGAAAUCAAAUACUGAAAUCAAUGAAGUAAAAACCAAUAAGAAGGUUCAAAUUAUUGAGAAAUCAGAUACUGUAAUCAAUGAAGUAACAUCCAAUAAGAAGGUUCAAAUUAUUCAGGAGAAGGAAAAUAAGAUUGUCAAUAUAGAUACAAGUAUCAAGUGGCCCAUGGGUGAUGAUGUUAUCCUGGUUAAGCCAAUACCAAAAUCAAAACAUAAAUCUAUGGUUCCAUUAAAGAAGCAAAUUAUCACGACUUCAAACAAUAUAGAUAUUAUAAAACAAAAUCCUGUGAAGAUUGAGGAUGUUCCAAAAGUGGAAUCAAAUGAAAUUAAACCAGUGAUCAAACAUGAAGAGCCUAUUAAAUUGAUUAGUUAUGAGGAUAGUAUUUUGGAAAAGAACAAACAGUUUUUGAAUUGGGAUUUCAGUGCACUCAUGUUAGAUUUCAAUAUGCUGGAGCAUCCAAUCCCAAAGACUUCGGUGCAAUUCUAUCAUACUUGGAAAACAUUGGAUGACCAUAUGCGUCUUCUCUACUUGCUUCAAAUAAAUCCAAUAGGCUACAUUACAUUAUUCAAAGAUAAUUUGGAUAAUAAGGUGUUUAGCGAGAUUAUUAAAAUAAUCAGGAAACAAAAGAAUGGUGGAUUUGAAUGCUUGUUUGGUUUUACCAGAGUCAAUAGAUUCACUACUAUGGUCAUGUUUCUGAAUCAAACUGAUUUGAAAUAUUUGGGUGAACACUAUGAAUUAAUGAAGACUUCCAAUAAAUACACAACAGAUGAAUUGAAUUAUCUGUAUCUAAAUAAAUAUUUUUUAAAAUAAAGAAGAUGAAUGUAAUUUAAAACUA